AUGUCGUGCAGCAGCGAGCAUCCCGGCGGCGCUGGCUGGCAUGAUGCCGCUCAGACACAUGACGACAUGCCCCCCAUUCAGCUUCCUCUGACCUGGCUCCCGCUGCCCAUUGUUAUGAUGCUCCACCUCGCUUCUCGACAUGACCCUGUCGCUCUCCCCACGAGCUCGACUCUCUACGAGCACCAUCACAUCCACCGCAGCGGACUCGGAUUCUCUUCUGCUCUACCUAGCAGAUGCAGGCCCCCCUCUUCAAAACACGUCCCAAUGACCUCCGCCCAGGAACCUCCCCCUCCCUCUGUUCUCAGUGUCAUUGUUGGAACAGGCGCAGGCCCUUGCCUUGUUUUCCCUGCGCCGCAUGUCUCAUUUUCCCACCCCCUCUCCCGCCGGCCGGCCGACGUGACGGCGAGAGAAAGAGAGAGAGAGAGCCCAAAUAGGCGAGACAUAAUCACAAGCUCGCCCCCCGCCUCUGGUCUCUCUCAAGAUAGCAGAGAGAGACAAGUCGUCCAUCCCCGUCCAGUUCUCGCGCGCGCCCAUGUCUCGGAUGCGUCGCCCGCAUUCGCCGAGCCUCGAGGUCACCAGACUGAUAUACUACACCACACCACAUGCACACAUGGACGUAAAACGGACCAUGGCUUCUCCAAAGACCCGGCCCUCCGGAGCUGCCGAGCCCACACGCACGGGCGCGGGCUGUACUUCGUUACUGCUACUGCACGAGCAACCGUCUCCCGCCCGUUAUGCUCCGGCUGCUCAGCCAUCGACCCUGGCGUACGUACAUGCGGCCAUACACACAACGUGCACGCAUCUACGUACAUGGUCCGUGAACCGUCGUUCACAGACAAGGCUGAGGGUGCACUGCGCUAUCGUGUGGUAGCCUGCUCGUGGUGGGUUCUUUUCCCCCCGUUUCGGUGCGACGAACUCCUGCAGCCAAGCUAG